CCCCCUCCCUCCUCUGCCUCCAUCAGCACAUUGUUCUGCGGCUCCCGGCGAGAAGCAGCUUCUCGCUGCCGCUGAUACUGGCUACAGGAACACAGACAGUCAGUCAAUCAGACAGACUGACUGGCAGACAGACAGACAGACAGACAGACAGACGGGUCUCCGGUGUGGACGGUCGCGGUUUGUGUCGGGUCUUUGUGUGAAACAGAUGCAGCGGGGCGGCGACUGAUGGAUCCACCGGCUGAGACAUAAACGGAGACAAAGACAAGACAGACAGAGAGACAGUCAGACAGACAGCAUGACCGGAGGCACGCGCCGCUGGAGCGACAGGCACGAGCUCAGAUCAGGGGAACACGCAGGAUGGUCCAAAAGAGCAACGUUAUUCUCCUGGAAGAAGUCCUUCGUCAGGCGGGCGUUGUGAACUGCAGCGUUGUCCUGUUGAAAGACCCAGUCAUCAACACACAGACGAGGGCCCUCAGUCUAGAGGGAUGCCCGGUGCAACAUCUCCACAUAGCCAGCCGCAGUUUGACGUCCCUGCACAACCUGAAGCUCCAUUGUUCCAUUGAAGAAAAAAGCACCCCAGAUCAUGAUGGAGCCUCCUCCACUGUGCCGCCUAGAAAACAUCUCCAGUGAGGUCUCCUUGUCAUGUCAGUAACGUUGGAAGCCAUCAGGACUGUCAAGGUAAAAAAUUUUCUCAUCAGAGAAUAAAACUUUCUUCCACCUUUCAAUGUCCCAUGUUUGGUGCUCCCUUGCAAAGUGCACACGGGCAAGUUUGUGGUGUGGGAGGAGACGUGGCCUUUGAAGACGUUCUUUGUUCUUUAAGCCCUUCUGUCGCAGACGCUGUCUGAUGGUUAUUGCGCUACAGUCAGCAUCAGUAAGGGCCUUAAUUUGGGUCAAGGAUCGGCCUGUGUCUUCAUGGACAGCCGUUGGAUCCUCCGGCUCAGCGCAGGUUUUUUUUGGGUCUACCACUUGACCUUUUUGUCCCAUAAACCUCAGAAUCUUUUAAAAAUUUAAAAUGACUAUCUAACUGCGUCCAACCUCGGCAGCGAUGGCACGUUCGAGAGGCCUUGCUUGUGCAGCUCAACAAUCCUGCCACGUUCAAAGACAGAAAACCUUUUUGCCUUUGCCAUCAGGUGGUCAUGACAGUGUGAAUGCCUGAUAGAAAAUGACAUGAAAGCCAGAUUUUUGCACAGAUUUGGACUUUAUAAGGCUAUGGUCCUAAACUUUUGAUCAGCUGAUGAAUAGCCUUUUUGAGUUUAAAUGCAAUUUUCAAUAAAUUGCCUCCUCUAUUGUUUUGUCUCUUGCUCCUGUUUCUUCUUUUGGCAAUUUGAAGCUCUACUUACAACCUGGUUAUGUUCCACCAAAGCGAAAUGCGAAUACUUGUAAUUUUUCUCCCGGUCUUAAGAUUUUGUUCAGGAGUGUAUGUGUCUAUAUAAAUCUAUCUAUCGGAUCUGAAUGUGAUCAAAGAGGGCCAAAGGACCAUUUUCCAGUUUACUUGGUUAAUAAUGGGGCCCUCAAGAUUUCAACAGCAAACUUGUGAGUACUAAAGGUGGUACGGGGUCUUUCCUAAAAUAAUUAUCAUUUUCUUUUUACCAACAGUAAAAAUAAAGCACAAAGUGAACUUUCAUUCACUAUUAAUAAAUCAAAAAUCCAGAUAUUGUGGUUGAAAAUGUAGCAUCAAUACGUCUGGAAGCACGAAAAAGGAGAGAAAAAUAAAAUACAGCUUCAGUAUCAGUUUGAGCUCAAUGAUCAUUAGUGUGCUUCUACAGUUAAUCAAUCAUUAAUUAAUCAUUAAUAAAUCAGACACUGACAGUGCAGCACUGAACUGUUCCUUUUUAUUUAUUUUACACAUUAUACCAUAGAUGACCUACACUGGUCAGAAGCUGAAAAAAUAUUUCUAACAUUAAUGACAAUGUUUUGAACCUCUGAUCUUUUCUUUAUUAAUGAUUGUAACUGAGAUUACAGGCUGUGGUUCUGCUGUCUUGUGUGAGGAUCUGAGCCACUUUGCCAAGACCACAUUGGGAUGGUAGACUGGGUCAGAACAUCUCCAAACCUGCAGCUCUUGUGGGGUGUUCCCGGUCUGCAGAGGUAGACCAGUGCUAAGGUGAGGCAGCUUGUGACAAGUGGUUGCCAUGACACCCAGACCGUCGUCAGGGGAGCUAUGGGGGCUCCACCUAAUGCCCCCCCGCAUCCUGGUGGACUGUUGCCUGCCCAACGGGAUGAUGGUCAGUCUUGAGUGUCUCAGAGAAACUCCUCUCAUCAGCAUCAAGCAGCAGCUCUUCACUGAGGCCAGGAAAUACCCGUUGUACCACCUGCUGCAGGAGGAAUCCUGUUACAUCUUUGUCGGUGUGACCCAGGAGGCUGAGAGGGAGGAGUUUUACGACGAGACGAGGCGGUUGUGUGACCUGCGACUGUUUCACCCGAUCCUGAAGGUCAUCGAGCCACUGGGCAACCGGGAGGAGAAGAUCCUGAACCGCGAGAUCGGGUUUGCUAUCGGGAUGCCGGUCUGUGAAUUUGAGAUGUUGAAGGACCCGGAGGUUCAGGACUUCCGGCGCUCCAUACUGAGCGUGUGCAGAGAGGCCAUGGAGGAGAGGGAGGGAGGGGGGGCCCACAGUCAAGCACUCUACGUUUAUCCCCCCAACGUGGAAUCCAGCCCCCAACUCCCACAACACAUCUACAGCAAACUGGACAAAGGGAGGUUGAUUGUGACCAUCUGGGUGAUCGUGUCUCCGUCAAACUCCAAACAGAAAUACACCCUGAAGGUGAGUCAUGACAGUUUACCUGAGCAGCUGAUAGCAGAGUCCAUCAGGAAGAAAAGUCGAUCGAUGCACCUUUCACCUCAACAGCUCCGCCUUUGUGUCCAGGAGUACCAGGGACAGUACAUCCUGAAGGUGUGUGGCUGUGAUGAGUACCUUUUGGAGAAGUAUCCUCUCAGUCAGUACAAGUAUAUCCGGUCCUGUAUCAUAGUGGGUCGUCUUCCUCACCUCAUGCUGGUCUCCAAAGACAGUCUCUACUCUCAGCUACCUGCCUCUGGCUUUGUCACACCUUCAUACAGUCGUCGGACUCCUCAGCCGUCUCCCUGUCCAGGAGGAGGUGAUGGUUCUCCUCCUCGCUCUCUGUGGGCCUUCAACACUCUGCUGAGGGUCCGACUGCUCUGCGCCACCUAUGUCAACGUCAACAUCAGAGACAUCGACAAGAUCUAUGUGAGGACAGGUAUUUAUCAUGGUGGAGAGCCGCUUUGUGACAACGUCAACACACAGAGAGUCCCCUGCUCCAACCCCAGGUGGAACGAGUGGCUGACCUAUGACAUCUACCUGGCUGACCUCCCUCGCUCAGCCAGACUCUGCCUGUCUAUCUGCUCUGUGAAAGGAAGGAAAGGAGCCAAGGAGGAACACUGUCCUCUGGCCUGGGGAAACGUUAACCUGUUUGACUACACGGACAUUCUGGUUUCGGGUAAAGUGGCUCUCAGUCUUUGGCCAGUCCCUCACGGCCUUGAGGACCUCCUCAAUCCCAUCGGAGUUGCUGGUUCAAAUCCCAAUAAGGAGACUCCCUGUGUGGAGCUCGAGUUCUCCUGGUUUAAUCAGACCGUCGUAUUUCCUGAUGAGCAGCAGAUAGAAGAACACGCCAACUGGACCAUCAGCCGAGAGCUGGGCUACAACUACUGCCACGGACUGAGCAGUCGUCUGGCGUGUGACAGCAGUGUUUCAGCAGGUGAUGCAGAGCAGCUUCGUUCUCUCUGCUCCAGAGAUCCUCUGUACGAGCUCUCUGAGCAGGAGAAGGACUUCCUCUGGAGACACAGACAUUACUGUGUGAACAUCCCAGAGUCUCUUCCUAAACUGCUUCUGUCCGUCAAAUGGAACUCCAGAGACGAAGUGUCUCAGAUGUACUGUUUGCUGAAGGAGUGGCCUCUGAUGGAGCCAGAGUCGGCUCUGGAGUUGUUGGACUGUAACUUUCCUGAUCCGAUUGUCAGAGAGUUCGCUCUGCGCUGCCUGGUACAAGGUCUGACAGACGACAAGCUGUCGCAGUACCUGCUGCAGCUCGUACAGGUGUUAAAGUAUGAGAUGUACCUGGACAAUCCUCUGGCUCGGUUCCUGAUCAAGAAAGCUCUGACCAAUCAGAGGAUAGGACACUUCUUCUUCUGGCAUCUCAAGUCAGAGAUGCACAAUAAGACGGUGUCCCGUCGCUUCGGUCUGCUGCUGGAAGCUUUCUGCAGAGCCUGCGGCAUGUACCUGAAACACCUGAACAGACAGGUGGAGGCGAUGGAUAAGCUGGUGAAUCUGACCGACACACUGAAACAAGAGAAGAAAGACGAGACUCAGAAAACUCAGAUGAAGUUCCUGGUUGAACACAUGUCUCGUCCAGAUUAUAUGGAGGCUCUGCAGGGAUUCGUCUCUCCUCUGAACCCUGUUCACCAGCUGGGAAACCUCAGGCUGGAGGAGUGCAGGAUCAUGUCGUCGGCGAAGCGCCCCCUGUGGUUGAACUGGGAGAAUCCUGACAUCAUGUCCGAGCUGCUCUUCACCAACAACGAGAUCAUCUUCAAGAAUGGAGACGACCUGCGUCAGGACAUGCUGACUCUGCAGAUCAUUAAGAUCAUGGAGAACAUCUGGCAGAACCAGGGCCUGGACCUGCGCAUGCUGCCGUACGGCUGUCUGUCCAUCGGUGACUGUGUGGGUCUGAUCGAGGUGGUGAAGAACAGUUUCACCAUCAUGCAGAUUCAGUGUAAAGGAGGCCUGAAGGGGGCGCUGCAGUUCAACUCCAACACACUGCACCACUGGAUCAAAGACAAGAACAGAGGGGAGGGGUAUGACCGCGCCAUCGACCUGUUCACCAGGUCGUGUGCAGGUUACUGCGUAGCGACGUUCAUUCUGGGAAUCGGAGACCGACACAACUCCAACAUCAUGGUGAAGGAGAACGGGCAGCUCUUCCACAUUGACUUUGGUCAUUUCCUGGAUCACAAGAAGAAGAAGUUCGGGUACAAGAGGGAGCGAGUUCCCUUCGUUCUGACUCAGGACUUCCUCAUCGUCAUCAGCAAAGGAGUCCAGGAGUCGACCAAGACCAAAGAGUUCGAGAGGUUCCAGGAGAUGUGUUAUAAAGCCUACCUGGCCAUCCGCCAGCAUGCCAGCCUCUUCAUCAACUUGUUCUCCCUCCUGCUCGGCUGCGGCAUGCCCGAACUGCAGAGCUUCGACGACAUCGCCUACCUGAGGAAAACCCUGGCCCUGGAGAAGAGUCAGCAGGAGGCGCUGGAGUAUUUCACCAAACAGAUGAACGACGCUCAUCAUGGAGGCUGGAGCACCAAGAUGGACUGGAUCUUCCACACCAUCAGACACAUGCCCAACGAACACUGACACACACACACAUUUAUAACACACACACUUUUAUUGCACUACUGUGACAAUGACGAUGAUGGAGUCAGAUUAUUGUAGAUUUUAGCAUCACAACGUCGUAUUGAUGGGAUGGCUGUCAUAGUAACAUUAAUCUCAGGGUCACAGGUCAGAGGUUGAAAAGACGACGAUGAUGAUGAUGAUGAUGAUGAUGAUGAUGUCUUCCAGUCGGAGCUACAGUUAGCCUGUUAGCUCUGCUAGCUGCUCUAAACAGAGAUGGAGCUUUUUAAAAUAAACUUUAUUACUGUAGCCUACAUUCGAAUCAAACUUUAUUGAGAAGCACUGAAUUUGAAUGACACUAGCUUUAUUGAAACCAGCAGAGUGAACACUGUGGUCACUGUGAGAGCAAUAAAACCUCCAAUAACUGAUCAAUACUUUGAUUAUGACAAUCAGGAGCUCUGGCCAAUAGGAAGCUGACCAGCUGUGGGCGGAGUCAUAGUGCUGAGAUCAGAACAAACUAACAGUUGUGUUUCUGUUACUGUUCUUUUUUUUUUGUAUCUUUUAAAUAUUAGUUAUUUUAUUUAUUACGUUAUUACGUUUACUUGUAAAAUUAUUCCUUUAUAUUUCAAACACAAUGUCUUUUCACAGAUGUUCUUGUAAACUUCUGGCUUUAAAGGUCUGAGCUCUAGUUUUCUUUACGUUGGCUCUAAUGCUCCACUGAGUAACAAGCUCUCUGUACCGAGUGCUGUGAACUCAUUUAUACAGAAACUGCACAGAUUGUAGUCGACUGAUAUUUUUCUCUUUCUUAUAAAUGUGAAGUCACGUCCACAGCUGCUGACAGAUUCCAGAGGUUUCUGAUCUUAUUUCUAUUGAAUCAACAUAUCGAGUGUUAUCAGGGAUCUUUCCACGACAAUCUGAACCAAUCAGCUGCUCGUUAGCCGUUAGCUGAAGCCUCUAGUGUCUAAUAAACCAUGCUAGGCUAGUUGUUAGCAUGUUAGCGGCACUGGUUCACUCUAAUCCAUAGUUAUUAGUUAGCUGAGCUGUUGCACUGGAACAAUGAAUUGUGGGUAGAUUUAGUUAGCAUAGCGUAGCAUCAGUGGAAGCCAGCCAACAGGGGGCGGGGCUUCCUGCAGACAGGUUAAAGGGCGAUGACGGCCAUUUUUAAUGUUUGUGUUUGUUUCUGCUCAGGUCACAGGUCAGUCUAAGGGCCUGUCCUCACGAAUACGUUUUUCUCAAAUCCGGAUAAAUACUUUAUCGUAUCGGCCUCACGUCCAGACGGAUACGGCGUUUUCGGGGGGGAAAACAGUAUUAACGGGUCCCAGAGUGGGAAAAUCCGAAAACGCCGGAUUGCCCGGAGUCGUACUACAGCGCUUUGGUUCAUAUUCAGUGAAUCCGUGUGGACGCAGAUAUUUCUGGAAACGACACCGUGUUUACGGAGAUGUUUUUCGAAACGACAUCGUAUUGGGUGAUGCCCCGUAUUCGUGAUGACAGGCCCUAAGCCAGUAACCAUGACAACCUGUGAGGUGGCCUGACCCCGCCUCCUGCUGCAUGCUAAUCCAUGUAUUGAUUUAUGACAUCAUCGACUGUGCUGGUUACCAUAGUGACUGAAUAUGUGGAUAUGUUUGUUUCCAUGUGAUCAAUAUUUUUGAUUAAACUGAUGUAUUGAUGAUUGAUUGAUGUAUUUGACAGGAAUGAUGUUUGAUGUGAUCAGUUUCUUUAAGUUGGGUAUUGAUUUGUGAUAAUUAUUUAUCCUGUUUGAUUCUCCACCGUCUGUUGGAGGAGACCACAGAUGAAGCCGACGCCCACAUACAGAUGAAGCCGACGCCCACAUACAGCGUCCACGCCCAUAUAUGGUCAAAGAUUUGUAAGCAGACCUGUACAACAGGUGAAACUAUAUGAGUGAGCACUUAUUGAUCUCUGACUGUCAGUGUUAUCAUGGAUUAUCAUUUUAUUUAAAAAAAUAAAAGCUCAACAGGUGUGUUUUGCUUGGUUGGA